AUGGCGAAUCUCUUGCGUUUCUUGGAUCUGCCGCCAUGGUCCAUCUUUGUCAUUGGCGCACUUUAUGCCAUUCUUGCUACAGUCAACCUCACCAGACGCCAAAAGAUGUCUGACAGUGUCACCAAAAAUCCCAAUGUCCCAGUUUCGGUGAAUUACUUUCCUUCUAGAAAAUGCAACUAUACUUGCGGGUUCUGCUUCCAUACCGACACUUCAUCCUCCGUCCUGCCAGUUGAGGAAGCAAAGCGUGGCCUGAAGCUGCUGAAAGAAGCUGAGGAGCUCGCGAUUGAAAGCAUCAGCAUCCUCGACAUUCUCGCAAUAUCGUGCGACUCGUUCCACUCUGAGACAAACAAAAAGAUCGGGCGGGGUGACGAUGGAGGGAAUGUCACUCGACUCUUCCGAAUCGCCGACUGGUGCAGAGAAUACGGCAUCAAAUUCAAGCUGAAUACCGUCGUCAACGUACACAACUGGGACGAGGAUAUGGCGGCUGAUAUCGAAAGGCUAGCACCAUUCCGAUGGAAGGUAUUCCAGUGCUUGCUUGUCGCUGGCGAGAACGAAGAUGCAACUCGCCUGCGCGACGCAAGAAUCUUCCUGGUGACUGAAGAGCAAUGGAAGACCUUCUGUGAUCGCCAUAAGCAUUUACCAUGCUACGUUCCGGAGGACAACAACUCUAUGGCGAGCAGCUACUUGCUCCUAGACGAGGACAUGUGCUUUCUAGACAAGGGCGAGGGCAUGAUGACCAAGAGUGAGUCAAUCCUGAAAGUGGGCGUUCAAAAGGCUAUGGAGCAGGUUGUCUGGGAUAAGACCUCUUUUGUCGAUCGAGGUGGAAUCUAUGAUUGGGGCAGGUCUGAUAUGGCAAAGGAUAGCGGUUGUAGUGGCGAAAAGAGUGAGGAUUUACAGUGGUAA